UGAGUACAGCUUAACGAAUUUUUCUUGACGACCAGGUCUUGUCUUUAAUCUCAUGGGAGAAUUCGUCAAUCAUCAUUUGUUCCUCUUCUGACUUGUGAUUCACCCUUUUGCCGUCCGGGCUAUUUUUGGUGUUUUAAUUUUUUGAUUCAUCUGCCGAAAAGUCUGCAUCUUAUCUGUGCAUGAACGAAUUCAUUCUUAGAAGCGCUUUAUUGGGUUUUACUUUCUUGUUUGAUCGUUUUUGACCGUUUGAUUGGGGAAAUUUAGGGUUGCAUUUAUUUUAUUGAGUUCUGUGUAGUUUACUGGAUUAUGGUGUUUGUAUGUAUAUGUAUGCAUAUGUGUUUGAUUGGAAUGAACUAGUGAUGGCGGGUGUUGUGGAAAAUCAUGAUUGUUUUAUGUGGAAAUUGCUGUGGUGUGGUUAGUUGAAAGUGUAGAGGAUUGGCUGGAUUUGUUCGCUGCUGGGCGAAUAAAUUGGGGAAAUUAUGGGCUGUGUGUGUGGGAAACCUUCUUCAGCAGUUAAAAAUGGUGAGGAAUGUGCAAAGCAGAGAGAAUUGUUGAGGAGGACGUCUGAAUUGCGCCUGGCUCAAUCGAUCUCUUCCAGAAGGGUUCAGAGUUUUGCUUUGAAGGAGAGGUUGGAAAAUGAGGGUGUAAAACAUGAUAAGAAAGUUAAUGGGUCUAGAAGGGUGUGGGAUGACUAUUGUGAUAAGGAAGUGGAGAGUUCUGAAGGUUUGAGUAAUUUUCCAGAAAUUAGGAGGCUCCCCAGAGCUGUAGAAGGAGAACAGAUUGCGGCGGGUUGGCCGUCGUGGCUAGUUGCAGUUGGGGGGGAAGCUAUCAGGGGAUGGAUUCCACGGAAAGCCGAUACUUUUGAAAAACUUGAUAAGAUUGGACAAGGAACUUACAGCAGUGUGUAUAAGGGUCGUGAUCUUCUGCACAAUAAAUCUGUUGCUCUGAAAAAAGUACGUUUUGAUAAUUUGGAUCCCGAAAGUGUCAAGUUUAUGGCAAGGGAGAUCCUUAUUUUGAGACGUCUUGAUCACCCAAAUAUUAUUAAACUAGAAGGGCUAGUGACUUCAAAAACAUCUACGAGUUUGUAUCUUGUCUUCGAAUAUAUGGAACAUGAUCUUACUGGACUUGCAUCACUUCCUGGCAUCAAGUUUACAGAGCCACAGGUGAAGUGUUAUAUGCAACAAUUACUGAGUGGACUUGAUCAUUGUCAUGCUCAUGGUGUCCUACAUCGAGAUAUUAAGGGUUCCAAUCUAUUAGUUGACGAUCACGGUAUCUUGAAGAUUGCAGAUUUUGGAUUAGCAAGUUAUUUUGACAACAACCAGAAAGUUCCACUAACAAGUCGUGUUGUGACUUUAUGGUAUCGGCCUCCUGAACUGCUGCUCGGUGCAACUCAGUAUGGAGUGGCAGUGGACUUGUGGAGUGCCGGCUGCAUUCUUGGAGAAUUAUAUACUAGCAAACCAAUCAUGCCCGGAAGAACUGAGGUUGAGCAGUUGCAUAAAAUAUUCAAGCUCUGUGGAUCUCCCUCUGAGGAUUAUUGGCGGAGGUCGAAGUUACCUCAUACACCAGUAUUUAAGCCUUUUCAGUCGUACAGACGACGAAUUUCUGAAACUUUUAAGGAUCUUCCUGUUGCUGCUGUUGGACUCUUGGAGAUCUUACUUGCAAUUGAUCCUUUAGAUAGGGGAACUGCAUCUAGUGCUCUUAAGAGUGAGUUCUUCAAAACAAAACCACUUGCUUGCGAUCCAUCAAGUUUGCCCAAGUAUCCUCCAAGCAAAGAGAUAGAUGCAAAAUUGCGAGAAGAGGAAGGAAGGAGGCAAGAAAGUAAAGGACAGAAGGGUGACAAUAUUUCAAAAAGAUCUAAACAAAUGCGGGCUGCUUAUGCACCUGAUGCUUAUGCUGACUUAACGAAGUCCAUGAAGUCACAUAGGAAGAAUGGGUAUGCAAAUCCAAAGGAUGGACACGAAUCAUAUAACACGCGAAAGGAGGGGAUGGCUUCGGGUAUUCUCAAUGAUUCACAGAGGAUUACACACAACUUGAAAGAAAUGUACAAAGAUUACAUGCAUAACCCCCCAGUGAGAAUUUCCCAUUCAGGUCCUCUAGCUCCAGGGGUCGGUUUAGAUUUGUCGGGCAGGAAAUACGAUGAUAUUUCCAUUGGUUCGACAAGAAGCAGUUUAUAUUCACAACCAGGCCUGGUGUCCUCAAGGGUUUUAUCAUCUGUGGAGUCCCAGCGCAAAUUUGUUUCUUCAAAUGCAGAAGCUUCAAAUCAAGUAGGUCGCUUUUCAGAGACUUUUCGGAAUACCAUGGGAAGGCAGGACAUAGGAAACAAGUCACUAAUUUCUGGUUUGGAAAAGCCUGAAACUGGAAGAAAUAAUAUGAAAGAACCCAUUGUGAAUGGUCAUGCCCUCAAAGAGAGACAGCCCCAUUUUUCGGGUCCCUUACUUGCCCCGUCAAGAAAUAUCGAGCAGGUGCUCAAAGAGCAUGAUCGCCGGAUCCAAGAAGCUGCUCGACGGCUGCGGCAUGAGAAAGGUAGAGGUGGUAGAAUUCGACCUACAUGAGACGACACAUUCAACAUCCCAUCUAGUGUAUGUCUCUUCUCUUCCAUUAGAAUGUUGUGCUACAUUGUUGAAUACAUACAAAAAUACACAUUACAUUUACGUAUACAGAUGCAAAAAUAUAUUCCCCUGUGUAUAUUUUGGUUCUGGUUCAUAAAUUCUAGUCUCAAGGUUUGGUUUAUUUCAAAGGAUUGUAUAUUGUAAAUAGACAUACAAUAUAGUGUCACAUUCUCUAUUUC